GUUUCUCCAUCCUCUGUUCUCCUCACACACAGAGACCAGGGAGCUGCGGAAUAGGCGUGUUUGCCGCUGCUGCUGCCGCUGCUGCUGCCGCUGCUGUUGCUGCUGCUACUACACCGGCUCAACAUCACGUUCAGUGAAAACAUCGCGGAGAAAGAAAAAAACUGCACAACAAGAGCAACCAAGAACAAGUUAUUUAACUGACCGUUUCUAUCCGAAGUGAUGGAGCACCAUUUCCUGAUGACACCGUGGUGAGACCGGUGCAGCCCUGUCACGCCCACAGCGCCCCCUUUCGGCCCGGACGGCCCACCAUGGUCCGGCGCCUAUGAAAGGGUACCAUGUCAGCCGUAGCAUGUCUCAGCAUUCCUCUGGUGGUGGCCCCUGCCAUUGCGCACCUGAGGACUGCGAUGGCCCGGGCAGAGAGUACUACCAGGGCCACAGUGAUGGCCACUAUUACCCUCCAGGAGGUCCAGCUGAGGCCCUGGCACUGGAAAGGCAUCAUUCCCACUCCCACUCCCACUCUCACUCCCACGGUCACUCUGGAGGCGGCACAUUCCCCCGUUCCCAGCACCCACCUCUGCAGUCAUUUGACUCUUGUGAAGAAUGCUUGUCUUCAGGCCAUGGAGGCAAGAUGCAUCGCAUUCCCCCAAACCUGAUAGACCAGUUUGAGAAGCAGGUGCCCUUUCAUCCUGAUGGCUUCCAUACCCUGCAGUACCAGCGCACCGCUAGUGGGGGCGCUGAGCCACGCAGUGAAAGCCCCUCCCGCAUCCGUCACCUGGUCAACUCCGUGCAGCGUCUCUUUGCCAAGUCCCAUUCCCUGGAAGCACCAUCCAAACGGGAAUACAAUGGCACAAGAGGAAGUGGUGAGAGAGACUAUCGUGGUGAGAGAGGAGGAGGAGGAGGAGGAGGAGGAGGAGGAGGAGGAGGCCACAGGAGUGGAGGGGAAGAUGGUGGAGGCCACUACUCGGGCCACCAGUCUCGCUCUACCAGGAGGAGCAAGUCUCGAGAGCGUAGCAAGAGUGGAGACUCAAGACACGAGUCGGGCAGACGCCACCGCAGCAGGACAGCGGGCUGGUGGAGCUCUGACGAUAACCUGGACAGCGAUAGCAGCUUCCUGGUUAGCGGAGGCAGACGAGGGUAUCCCAGUGGACACGAGAGCCUCGAUGCCGCCAUCCAGGAGCUUACCAUGAAGAAGCCCAAGGAGCGCGGCGGUGGUGGACCGGGGCCAGGGGAGUGCGUGGCGUGCACCACAAUGGCUUUGGCCGGGACUGAAGGAGGGGGACACCAUGGGCACCAUGGGCACUCUCUGAAGAGGAGCACAUGGUCAGCCAUGACAGUGAGUCAAGCAAGGGAGGUGUACCCUUCCGCCAGGGGAGGAGCCUACAACAAAGCCCUUGUACCCAUGGAGAGCAAGCUGAAGGAGAGGAGUUUCCACUACCUGCAGUGUUUCUCCAGCUGUCAGAGUUUCGCUCUCCCUGUCCCUUCAGAUGACUGGGCAGGUGGAUAUGGCAGUGGCGGAGGAGCCGAUACCGGAGGGGAGAUCCCUUGUCGUCGCAUGCGGAGCGGCAGCUACAUCAAGGCCAUGGGCGAUGAUGACAGUGUCGACUCAGACACCAGCCCCAAAGCUUCGCCCAAGUCCACCCUGAUUGCUCAGAGGGAGGCGUUUAGACGAUCUAUCAGCAUGGAUCAAAGGUACUCGUGUAAACAAUGCACUGAUUCCUACCCCAACAGCCGAACCACGCCGAAAACCCACACCCGCUCCCGGAGUUACACGCGCUCGCUGACCAGCUCGCAGCUGGGAGACACUUUGAACCGUCAGUUUGAGGCCGUGUGUGAGACCAUGUUCGGGGAGGUGGAGUCUCAGGCCGUGGAGGCACUGGAUCUUCCGGGUGUGUUCCGCACUCGCAGCCACAGCUACGUCCGUGCCAUCCAGGCCGGCUGUUCCCAGGACGAUGACUGCCUUUCUGUCUUCUCCAUGUCAGGCCCCCAGGGAAGCAUGAAGGGCGGGGCUGUCUUUCCUUAUCGCAAAGGUGCUCCUCCUCCACUUCCACCUCGCAUGUCCAAGUCUUCACUCUCAGUGCGGGCCCAGAGCAGCACUGAGUCCACGCAGGAUGCCUACUUCCAGAGCAGUGGACAGUUGGUCUCAAGCUCUGGUCGCCCAAAGCAGCACAGCAACUCUGUGGACAUGGGCAUCUCCGACGGACCGCCAGGUCGCUCCUCCAGGGGGGGCUACUACACCGCCACGGGCCCUGCGCGUUCCAGGCAGCACAGUAACUCGGCGGAGAGCUUAGAUGGUGUCAGGGGUUCACGGGAGCUGGUUCCCUACGGAGGGGGCCCAGGAGUUGGAGUGAGAGCCAAACACAGCAGCUCAGCUGACAGUCUUCUGGAGGGUCCACCCAGGCCGGUCAGGGAGCGGGAAAGCAGGAUUGGAGGCAGCCUGGGCAAAUCCGCCUCUCUGCCUCAGAACAGCUUAGUUCUGAGCAAAGCUGUUGGGCAGGACGAUGGUCGCGGUGUGAGAAAGUGGAGUCCAUCUAUAGCUGUGCAGGUGGACAGCUCAGGAACCCUGUCAGAUUCAGAAGGAGAAAGCAAAGCUCUUACACAGGUCCACUCCAUAGGGGUCCAAGUGGAGGAAGAUAAAAGGCGGGCUCGUUUCAAGCGCUCCAACAGCGUGACGGCAAGCGUGCAAGCCGACCUGGACCCUGAGGGCUUCCCAGGGCUCAGCAUCGCCGUGCCAACACAGGACAAGAGUCUUCAGUUUGGCUGUUCCUUCCAAAGGCACUCGUCAGAGCCCGAGUCUGCCAGCCAGUACACCGAGUGCCACCGUACAGUGCACACACAGGGACAGUGGGCGCACAGAGAGGACUACAUCCAGGCUGGCUACACCAGUGAGGUCUGCCCAGCAGAUCCACGGCCGCACCAACACCCACACCCGCACCCACACCCACACUUGCCCCCACGUUCCCACUCCCCUCUGCCCAUCACAUCUGAGCGAGCCUGGGCAGGUACGCCGUCCCUGGAAGGCCCCCGCAGCCUCCCCGACUCAGGCAGAGCCUCGCCUUGCAUGAGAGAUGGAGAGUUCUUCUUACGACUCCUGCAGACAGAGGUGGAGAGGAUGGAGGGCUGGUGCCAGAACAUGGAGAGAGAGGCUGAGGAGAAGGAACUGCCAGAAGAAAUUCUUGAGCUAAUCCGAAAUGCAGUUGGCAGUGCCCAGAUGCUCAUGUCUCAGAAAGUCCAGCAGUUCUUCCGCCUCUGCCAACAAAGUGUGGACCCAUCGGCCUACCCUCAGCCCACCUCUCAGGACCUGGCGGGAUUCUGGGACCUGCUCCAGCUCAACAUAGAGGACGUCAGGGUCAAGUUUCAGGACCUCCAGAGGCUCAAGGACUCUGGUUGGAGACUCCCAAGUGAAAAGAAGGAGGACAAGAAGCUUCCUCCUCCAUUACCAAAGAAGCCAGCAGGUGGGGUGACUGGCAGUCUCCGGGCCGAUAGCACAGGGGAUGUGGGCACUGGUGGUGGGUCAGGGGGCCUGGUGGUUCCCCGUGUGGGUGGACACACUUUACCCAUCAGAGAGAAGUCCUUGGACCUCGUGGAGCGUCAGAGGACAGAAGCGAGGAGGAGGCUGCUGCAAACCAAGAGAACGGCUUCCUUCAGGCAGAACUCAGCUACGGAGAGCGCGGACAGCAUUGAGAUCUACAUCCCCGAAGCCCAGACUCGACUCUGAGCACAAGAGUGCGGUGUCUCCUUCUCCUCUUCUCUGCUCACCUUCACCCGUUUUAAGAUCCACCGCGGGUCCUUGCUGUUAUUCUGCUAGCCACGCCCUCAGCAUUUCCAUUACUUCACAUACGAGAACAGCAAACUGGCAAAAUGCCAUCAUGUUGCUCACUAAACAAGCAAUGACCGCCAUUUUAGUAUGUGUGAAAUUUGGAUAUUACUGACACAGAGGCCUAGACCUGAAUGGGUUGGUAGCAGACCUUUGUAACUGAGAAUUUCUUUCUUCUUUUGUUGAAGUUGGCCACAAACAGUCCAUCUUUUAUAGCACUUGGCAGUAGAGAUUCACACAGUAGUAGCAUGCCUGUGCGUGUUCACCUUACACUUUUCCAUCACUGAAACUAAAGGGCUCAACAGGCACAGAUCCUCCACAGAUCUAUGGAUCACUGAUGAAUUAGAAUCAGCUCCAUGUUAUGUUUUUCGGAGUUUCUGUCACAACAAGAUGACUCCCCACUCAUCGCACAUGUAUGGAUGAAUGGCCGUGAGAGUCGGAUGGUUCAUAACCCCCAAAGAACAUCCCACAAACGUAGUGAGUUUACCACGCAAAGGCUCCCCCCACCCUCAUUCAAAGGAUUUUAAAAUCAUGUAUCUCCGUCAUCGGUCCUCACAUCCCAUGUAUCCCCUGACCGUCCUUAGCAUUCAGCAGUGAGGCUGUUUGAAUGUGCAAGUGCUAUUUGUACAUAGUGUGCACACUCAUGUUUGCCAAAACGAGCUUUUGCAGUAUAGCGUCACAGCCUUCACAGCUCGAGAGCCUCACAGGCAGAAGCAAACGGAGGAGAAAUAAAUAGCUGUUUUCUCUUUAAGUAGUCUUUCUGAAGUUUCAGGGUGGGGUUGUUGGGUAUUUUUACGGGAAUAUAUUUUGGAGCCUUUUCAGGACUGUUUGCUGACGCGGCCCCUAUUUCACUGUGAGACUAUAGCACCACCUAGUGGUCAAAUGAGGACCCAAACCUACAAGGGGGAUUUUGUAGAGAAUUGUUUCCACCUCAGCCAGAAAAUGAACACGAUGCCCUGAUGAAACAGCCAUGAAAGAAGUUUCUACGUCACUUUGUUUGCCUUUGUUGUUUUCAUUCUGUAAAAGGCGGUAGGUCACAAAUUCAGAAAGAAGAGAGCCGCCAAAGUCUAGUUGUGUGAGUGGAAGUACAAACCUCUCAGUUACACACACACACACACACUCACUCACACACACACACACACUGCUGACAAGAAAAGGAACAGAGGUUCUCUGAUCAGGAAAUAACAAAAAGGAGUCAUUUUGUACGUGUCUCCAUCCCUAUCUUUUCCAAAGAAUCACCCCAGAGAGUAAAACAGUAAAAGUCGUGAAGUUAUAGAAAUGACGCAGCGCGUAUUGUUGAGAUUAAGUCACACAUGUAGAUCAGUGGUGAUUGCACUAUGUCUUCUUUCAUCUUUAUUUAAGACUUCCUGAAUCAUAACACCCGAUGUUUCCACUGACAUGUAGCAUGAUUUCAAAAGCUGUGAAGGGGUCUUAUUUACAAAUGUAUGUCGGAACACAUCUUUAUUAUUAUUAUUAUUUUAUUGAAGUAUUUUGUAUGGAUGUUGUGUACAGGCCUGUGUGAAUGUGACGGGCUGUGUGUAAUACGGGAUUUGUGAUGAAGCCCAAAUGAAUACUAAAAAGUCCAAAUCAGCUAUUUUAAAGACGAAAAAAAAAGGGGGCGGGGGAACCCCUUAAAUUAUAAGAAUCUUUUAGCAUGAACCUGUGUAUUUCUUUUCUAAAAUUUGAAUGGAAUGUGUUGGCAAAAUGGGAUAUUUUAAUGGGAGAUGUAUAUUUUAUAAUAUAAUCUACAUUUCUAGGUUAGUAGAGACUAUUGAGUACAGUAUAUGUACAAAAAAAAAGCAUAUAUCAAAUGUGAAAUACUACAGUAUUAUUAUGAUAGAUUAUAGCAUUGUGUGAAACUUCAGCUGUGUGGCAUAUCCAGACUCAGUGUACGUGGAAAAACAAUUUCAAAUGGUUAUCCUUAACUUUGUGAGUGCUGAGUCAGGUUCACAGGGUAAAACUGGCAAAGAGUGUAAUUUGCCAAGUAUGAUCCUCCUUAGAUCUACUGUUAAUCUUUGUGUGGUUCUAACAACAUAUAUACUGCUGUAUCCCCUCCCUGUAUAAUUCCUCUUUAGAGCCAACAACACGUGCCUAACCAGCUAUUGUGGAGGUUUCCUUUUAACACAGUUUACACACACACACACACGAGAGAGUGAGAGAGAGAGCGAUGUACAUAGGAAAUGAAGAUCUG